GUUUUUCGAUGACGUAUUUGCUGAAAAAUCUCAUCUACAGCACUAAUCAUAAAUAAACAACUCCAGGACUAAAUUGUAAUCAAAUCCAUUCAAUCUUGAGCCUCCACAAGCCCCCUUCCAGACUAAAUAGAAUAAGGUUUUGUGUAUAAAAAUAGAGUUGGAAGAGACGAAAGAAAGAGAAGGGAAGAGUAUUUAUUCUGUGCUGUGCAUUAAAGAAAAAGUUGAGGCCUGCAUUAGUCCGCAGCCUGAAAUCUUUAUAUAAUGUCACAGGAGGCUCUCAACUUUCACAUCCCACAUCAGGAAACACACGUUCUUCUUCUCUCCUCAGCUGCCACCUCCCUCCGGCAAAGCUCCGCCACCUCCGGCGGCCUUAAAGAGCUGGGAGAUAUUCCUUAAGAAGAGGAGAGAUGAGCAGAAGCGGAAAGAGCCCGAGGUUGGACCUGAAGCUGAACCUCUCACUACCAAGGAGAGGGAACACAUCAAGGAUGGCUGCUGAUAACAGAAGCUCGGAUGGCUCGCAGAGUGGUUCGCCUCUGUCGACAUCGCCUCCGAGCUCAUGCGUGUCGUCGGAGGGGGAACAAGGGCUCAGGUGUUCGAAUAGCCCUGAAGCUACUUCGAUGGUUCUCGCCGGCUGCCCUCGAUGCCUUAUGUAUGUCAUGCUAUCAGAGGAUGAUCCAAAGUGUCCAAAGUGUAAGAGCACCGUCCUCCUUGACUUCCUUCAUGACAGCACAAACAACAAGAUAAACAGGAAGCGUUAAGAAUGUUGUGAUUCAUGUAGUUUCUGCAGCUCUUGCUGAAUCCACCAAAUCCAGCCAUUUUAGCCAUAGAUUUCGCUGUUUUGUUCUUCUUAAUCUUCUAGUUUUUCAUCUUAUUAGUAUAGCUUCUUCGUCUUUCUCUAUUUUGUUGUGUUCCACCUACGUAUCACCCUUUGUACUCAAGGUAAUGUAAACUGGACAAUUCUAAACAAGCCCAAAUUCUCCAGUUAUCAUAUACAUAGAAAUUUCUGUCUUAUUUCAUUCCUACUCUAAUUCAGAAUUCUCUCAAAUAUGUACCAAGUAUUUUGUAUGAAUUAUUGGAAAUGGCACAGCAGUUCAGUAAGUUGUGAACAAUGAAAGGGUAGGCUAGUUUUUAAUUGGAGUUAAUAACAAUAAAAACUCAAUUGAAUGCGAGAGUAAGUGAGGCAGUUAAGAAUAAUGAGGGAUUACGACAGAUGAUAAAUAGCUUUUUAAGUGCUACUUAAAAAAACAUGGAAAUACUAAAUGCAAAGGAAUCAUUGCUUCGCCUUCAACUUGGACUUCAAACUACACCGUUUAUGCUAUGCCAAGC